AUGGACAAAUACGAUGUGAUUAAGGCCAUUGGCGAAGGUGCCUUUGGGAAAGCUUACUUGGCCAAACAGAAAGCAGAGAGCGUGCUCUGCGUUAUAAAAGAGAUCAAUUUUGCAAAGAUGCCCAUCCAAGAAAAAGAAGCUUCAAAGAAAGAAGUGAUUCUCCUGGCAAAGAUGAAACAUCCAAACAUUGUAACCUUCUUCAGUUCCUUUCAAGAGAACAACAGUCUGUUCAUUGUGAUGGAGUACUGUGAUGGAGGAGAUCUCAUGAAGAGGAUCAGUAAGCAACGAGGAGUGUUAUUCAGUGAAGACCAGAUUCUGAAUUGGUUUGUUCAGAUUUCUCUAGGACUAAAACAUAUUCAUGACAGGAAGAUUUUACACAGGGACAUCAAAGCACAGAACAUAUUUCUUAGCAAGAGUGGAAGUGUUGCAAAGCUUGGGGACUUUGGUAUAGCAAAAGUCUUAAACAAUUCCAUGGAGCUUGCUAGAACAUGUGUUGGAACACCUUACUACCUGUCCCCAGAGAUAUGUCAGAAUAAACCCUACAACAACAAAACGGAUAUUUGGUCUCUUGGCUGUGUCUUAUAUGAACUCUGCACGCUCAGACAUCCCUUUGAGGGGAGCAGCUUACACCAUCUGGUUCUGAAGAUUUGUCAAGCACAUUUCACCCCCAUAUCUCCAAAGUUUUCCCCUGACCUGAGGGCCUUGAUAUCUCAGCUUUUCAAGGUCUCUCCUAGAGCCCGACCAUCUGUCAACUCCAUUUUGAGAAAACCUUUUCUAGAGAAACUUAUUGCCAAACACUUGACUCCUGAGGCCAUUCAGGAAGAAUUCAAGCACAAUCUCAAAAACAGAUCAAAACCAUCAGUUUCCCGACCUGCUGGGAAGGCAGUUCAUGAGUCUAAGAUACAGAAAGUGAGAUUCCAGGGAAUGUGCUUGCCAAGAGCCAGGGUAUCAGUGCCCACCAGGAAGACUGUGUUACCCAGAGACCGAUGGAGACCGCCAGCUGCGUCCGAGAAGCCCCUGCCUACAAGGAUGGUGGAGAGGCCCAGACUUGCUGCAGUGGAAAGACGCUACGACUACUAUUACGCCCAACUUGAGUUGCUGAGGAGAGCCCACGCGCCAGAGGGCUGUCACCAUGCUCCUGGAAGAGAAAUGGCAGGGGAGGGUCACCGCCUGUCCCCAGAACCAUGAAGAUGGUGCGCCGCGUAUCUGCAGAGGAGACGUGAGGCUCAACAGUACAAGCUGAAAGCCGAACAGCAGCUGGGUCUUCGUCCAUCUUCUGCUGAGUGCAGACAUCACUGGAGACCAGAGCCCAGAUGUGCUGGAGAAGAUCCUCGGUCCCAGGAGCCGCAGCCCAGGACAAAGGAAGUAAAGGAACAGGAAUAUUGGAAGCAAUUAGAAGAAAUCCGCCAACAGUACCACAGUGACAUGAAGGAAAUUAGAAAGAGGAUGGGCAGUGGACUGGAGGAGGACUCAAGAAUAACUCACAGAACCUACUUGGUGAAGAAGAGUGACCUGCCCAUCAGCCCAGAAGCAGGAGAAGAGGAAGGCCUGGCACAGGAUAUUGAAAGAGACCUGAAGCAAAUUACAAUGCAGAAUGUAAAAGAAAGUAAAAAUCCACAGCAGAAACAUAAGGAUAAGAAAGGGGUAAAGUUUGAAAUUAAUUUAGACAGCUGUGUUUCGGAUGAAAACACAUUCCAAGAGUCAGAGACAAUGGAUAUACUAAACACAACCUUGGCCUUUGAAGACAGCAAGGAGCUUCAGGAGUGUCUAUGUGUGGAGGAGCAUGGAGACUAUACAGACAAAGCCUACCAGCAGCUCUGCUGUCCGGACGCUGGUAUGUGGGUCAUCAAAGCUGUAGCUGCAGGAGAGAGGCGGCGGCAGUGGGCGGCCCAAGCCCCCCAGACACUGCUGCAGAUGAUGGCAGCCACUGACGUCACCUCCACAUGCUCUGCCGUGCCCCAGGAUGGCCAAGUGCUAGUGCUGGGAGAUGCCCCAGAGCACCGGAAGCAGUGGCGGCAGGAAGCACCAGGAACCUUGUUGAGUGUUUGGGCAGCUGCGCAUCUAAGGAGUGACUCAUUUUCAGCCAAGGAAGGAGAAUGUGUGGGUACACUAAAACAGUCGCUUCCUGAAGAAGAUGAAGGAGAGGCGGAAAUGGCUGUGGGCAUUGAGUUUGAUGAAGUACGACUAGGACCAAGAUCAGAUGAUGAAGAUACAAAUUUUGAAGAAUCAGAAGAUGAGUUGAGAAAUGAAGUAGUUGAAUCUCUCGAAAAACUCACUACUUCCAAAGAGGAAGAAGAAAGAGAAGAGGCUUCCAGUUCCUCUGAGGAUGUGGGACAGUUAGGAGAAAGAGAGGGACUAAGCGUUCAGGAAAUUGCAGAAGUAAACAAAGGCUUGAAGAUUAUUUCUAUCUCCUCUAAUGACAUGGUUUGUACUGUUGAUGAAGACCAAGAAACAGCAACCACCAGUGAAAACAUCCAAGUGUGA